GUAGCCAGAUCAGAUAAAAAAAUAUAAAACAGGACAAAGAUGGCCGUUGCAAGCGCGUCAUAAAUACGCACUGACGUUGUUUAUAUUGUAGCGCACAAUUACAUGAUCUAAUGUUAAGCUUAUCGUGAUUUUGUGUGCAAGUUGGGUAUAAUGUAAGUGGAUAAUCCUGUGCAUCAAGAGUGUUUACGAAAAUGUUUUAAAUCUGCUUGCGGAACGAUGUCAAACAACACAGUCGGCUCAUCGGGGCCUGCUCCCGGCAAAAUACGUGGACCUGGUAGACCACCGAAACGUACAUGCACUUGGUGCGCUGAAAGUAAAACACCGUUGAAGUAUGUUCUGCCAACAGAGAACGGAAAAAAGGAGUUUUGUUCUGAAACGUGUUUGUCAGAAUUUAGACAGGCAUACAGCAAAGGCGCCUGUCUUCACUGCGACAAUGUUAUUCGGGGGAACGCACCGUCAAACAGCAAGAACUUCUGUUCUACGUAUUGUUUGAAUAAAUAUCAAAAGAAAAACGAAAAACGUACUACAUCUCCUCAAUCUGGCAAUGGCGCAAAUGGUUCAGAAAAUCAUACAAAUAAUAAUUCUGCUGGUUCCUUUUACGAUAUUUACCAAGCAUUUGAUUGGAAUGAGUAUAUGAAGGAUACAAACAGUGUGGCAGCUGCUCAAGAAUGUUUUAAACAGGCACCCAUGCCUCCAGUAAAUGAUUUUAAAGUAGGAAUGAAAUUAGAGGCUCUUGAUCCACGAAAUUUAACAUCUACAUGUAUUGCAACUGUUGUUGGUGUUCUGGGGCCUCGAUUAAGAUUAAGACUUGAUGGCAGUGAUAAUAAAAAUGAUUUCUGGCGUCUUGUUGAUGCUGGUGAUAUUCACCCCAUUGGACACUGUGAAAGAAAUGAUGGUAUGUUGCAGCCACCACUAGGAUUUCGUAUGAAUGCUAGUAGUUGGCCAAUGUUUUUACUCAAAACACUAAAUGGUGCAGAAAUGGCUCCAGCAAAGGUUUUCCAACCUGAACCUCCAACUCCUAAGACAAAUGUAUUUGUCGUUGGUCAGAAAUUAGAGGCAGUAGAUAAAAAGAAUCCUCAGUUGAUUUGCUGUGCUACUGUUGGUGCAGUGAAAAAUGAUCAGAUUCAUGUGACUUUUGAUGGCUGGAGAGGUGCAUUUGAUUACUGGUGCAGAUAUGACUCUAGAGACAUAUUCCCAGUUGGUUGGUGUGCCAGAGCUGGGCAUCCAUUGCAACCCCCUGGUCAGAAAAGUGCAACAACUCCAUCAAGAUUUAAAUUGAGGCCUAGUGGCAUGCCCAAUCCUGCUUUACCAGAAGGUGGUUCUACAGGAUCUGGUAAUUCAACCAGCUCAGUAACACAGACGCCGGUAGCCACGGUCUGCCUCCGAAUCCGCAGUAGCUGCACAGGUGGCAGUAGUUCUUUACCCAGUUCAGUUUCUGGCUCAGGACCUUCUGGAGCGGCUGAAGCAUUAGUCAAAGAGUUGCUAAGUGUUCACCCGGAUCCACAAAGCUUGACGAGAGCCAUACUCACGGCAUCUAGUAGCUAUUCUAACAUAAAUAAUGUGCAGGUAUCCUCAGGAAAUAAAAACUACUCAGUAAAGGUUCCAUCAGAGUUGACAAUAGAUGAACUUAAGAAUUGGUUGAAAGGUGUGUCUAGUGGAGUGGGCAGUUGUAUUGGUAUGAUAGAGGUUGACACAGGUGAGGCUGCUGGUCGGCCUUGCACUCUUUGUGGGGAGUCUACGUCUAAUAAUGUCACAUCAGGAGUGAAGCGGCCUAAAAGUGAGGAAAACAAUGGCAGCAGUGUGAACGGUUCGGGCUCGUGCUCGGGCGGCAAGCUGGCGCGCGUGUCGCCGGAGCGCGUGGCGUCGCCGGGUGAGCCGCCCGAGCCCGCCUCCUCCACCACGGGCGCGCCGCCGCCGCCCUCGCCCGCCGCGCCGCCCGCCGACUGGUCCGUCGAGGACGUCAUCGGCUUCAUCGCCGCCGCCGACCAGGCGCUGGCCACUCACGCCGACCUCUUCAGGAAGCACGAAAUAGAUGGAAAAGCAUUAUUGUUGUUAAAUUCUGACAUGAUGAUGAAAUAUAUGGGAUUAAAGUUAGGUCCUGCAUUAAAAAUUUGCAAUCUUGUAUCUAAGAUAAAAAAUCGCCGACAUUAUAGUACCUAAGCGUGUACUUCCUUGUUAAGGUAUACAAUAAUAUAACAAUAAUUCACUCUUAGAGUUUGAAACUAUAAGUUUCUGUUUUUUUUUUUUUUACAAUAAUAGGUGUUUAUGUUAGGAACACAAGUGAUUUUUUUUUUUCAAUAAUAGGAGCCUUUUUAUUUUUAUUUGAAUCUCACGAUACCUAUAAUUUUUUUACAUGUUGACUUUAUGAUUCAUGGAAGGUCUAGAAAUGUAUUUCAUAGCAAGCUAUGUUCAUUGUUCAAUGCUGGGAAGAACGCCUUUUUAUUUAACGACGUCAAAAAUCAUCAAAUGACCCCUCCCGCUGUGGGUUAGCAGCGGCGAGGGAGUGUCAGACUCUUACUGACUAAAAACCCGGCGCCCGUGGUGUCUAACUGGUCCAGCGCGGCGGCCGGGAUGAGAGGUGCGAACUCUCUGGCCUUCCGCCUCCUCCUCCUUAUCGAGCAUAACAGCUUCUCAGAAGGAGGUGGGAAGAACGCCUGGGUUUUUUUUAUUGAUUUAUCACUUUAUUUCUUAGUAAUUUCAAGAAGAUUUUGUAUUAAUACCAAAUCUUAUUGAGUGAGCUGAAAAUGGUAAUUGUUUUUUUAUAAUUGGCUGGUAACAAGUGCUUUUUACGGCGAUUAGAAAUAUAAUUUAUGUUAUAUGGAUUUCAUGAUGACUGGUGAAACCGUAAGAUUGGUGGUAUUCAAUUACAAUUCAGCUUUUUUCCUGAUAUAAUCAAUUUUACUUCAGCGAUUAGCAUCACCCUGUCAAGAAACAUUUUAGUAAUUUUACAAACCUUGGUACAAAUCAGUUGCAAGUAUGUUGUGCUUGAUAAUUCAUGUGAUCCAAUUGCCGGGAUAUUUCAGAAUUUCAUGUCAUUUUUAGUCUUAAAAGGUGCCUGAUUGAAGAAUUUCAGACCUUAUGGCCUGUCGGUUAACUGUAAUAAGCUGGAUAUAACAAGACUUAAGUUUUUCUUUAAAAGCAGUUAACAAAGAAGUAAAAAAAAUGGCAAUUUACUCUCAGGAGCAUCAUUUGUACCUAUAAUUAUAAAUUACUAGUGUUUAUUCAAGUUUUACCUAAAAUAAUGACUACGUGAGUUGGUAUUAAUGUGAUUUGAUUGACGAUAAAUCAUUUGGUAUCACCAUGGGUAUUGGGCGUUUCCUGUAGGUUUAUGGUUAUCUUUAACCGUUAAAUAAUCUGUUGAUUUGCGAUUAGAGAUUGAAUUUUGACAUUAAUUAAAUGGCUAAUUUUAGUCUAUAAUCCUAGAACGACAGAUAAAUCGUUUAUAUAAAUCCGCAGUAAAACGUAAAUUUUGACUGUUACAUGUCUGCAAAGUAACGUCCAAUAAUAGCCCAUAAAAUGUGUAUUGUUUAUCUUUUAAGUUUAUAAGCAUUUACAUAAACGCCCUAACAUCCGCACCUAAUACACAAGUACCUCAAAAAUACAUAAUAUUAAAAAAUCGUUGAAAUAUAGUGUUAUGCUGUUGUUUGCAGUCCUCGUUUGGACUAAACUGUUAAUGAUAAUAUAAUUGAUAUCUUAUAAAUGAUACAGCAUUUUAAUUGUAAUAAAAAUAUUAUUUGGCAUUUCGCUAUUUUCAUUGUCGAGCAUUCGGUAUCAACCACAAAUAUUGUCAAGAAGACAUGAUUAUACAACACGACUUCAACAUGCCAAAACUAGACAGACAAAAAUGCUAUUCUAAACUAACUAGCUUUUUAAACUGUAUUAUUAAUUAUUAAGAGUUUCAACUAACCAAUAUUCAAGUUUUAUUGUAAAAAUGUAACUGUUGUUGCUAGUAAUGAUAAAGAGGAUUGCCUGAAUUUAAGUGAUAACAAUCUACAACUAUUGAUGUAAUUCUACAUUCGAAUAUCUGUUUCAUUUGAAUGUAUUAAGAGUCAUUGUGCUAUAACUAUAAUUUUGUCAAUAAUAAGGUGCAGUUUAUAUAAGGCCUACUGGUUCUUGGCCUCUUUCCAAGAUUUUCCUUGUAAUAUUAUUUUAGUCAUGUACAUAAUUAUUUCAAUGAGUAAAAUUGCAUUUAAUGUAGUAAGAGCUCAUCAUGGAUAUUAUUCCAUUAAAUUCCUAAAAAAUAUAUCUGGCUGUACUAUUUAGGAUUAAAUUAAUUGUACAUAAAUAUUGGCUAGUCGUGCGUCAAAAUGUUGCCUGAACGCUGCAAGUACAUGAAACUUGAUUGCAAACUCAAAUCCAAUAUCUUGUACAGAAAUUUUAUCGUAGAUUAGGGUCUUAGUGCCUUUCAGUAAAUAACUAGGUGUACUUAAAAUUAUCCCAUAUGUCCUCAUAGCAAAUUAGCGUUCAGUGACACCAAUAAUAAUCUGUGAUUUUGUAUGACGAUUUAGUAGUAUUCAUACAUCGUCACUUACGGUGCAUCCUAAGUGAGCGAAUGACGGGACGCGAGAACAAUAAACGAUCCAUUUCUUUUGAAGUGACCUACGUGACGCUGCGAGGUACGGCGCGACGUACUUUUUUGAAUUUCCUUCGGAACGCUUCGCGUUAGCGUUGAUUCGCCCAUUCAGGAUGCACCCUUACAAACCAAUAAAAAAUAUUAUGAUCCAUAUCUGAUUAAGCUUCAGUUAAAUUUUGUUAGUAUUAAUCAUUUAUUGGUUGAUUCUUUGAAGAAUAUUAAUAUAAUGUGUAUUGAUGAAGACGUAUUUUAUUUAUGAAGCUAUUGUAUUUAAUUUCGCCAUUUUCAUUCAUUAUUGUGUUAAACAUAUUUUCAUCAUGUGAUAUUUAAAUGUUAUCUGUUAAAGAAAUAAAUAAUAAUUAAAAUAUGAACAUGUUGCUAUGAUAAUUACGUGAUGUAUAUUUAAGUUUUCACAUGACAUGAGGUAAUUAAGAAAAGUAGUUAUUUAAUUUUCCUAUAUUUCGUUGAUGUAAAUAUUUUGGUAAUAGAUAAUUUUAUUUUAAGAUGGAGUGAUCCUCUGGCAUAGUUAUUUUUCGUAACUAUUGUAAAAAUACAGAAGUAUACAUUUUUUUUAGAAUUUUAAGCAUUGUCAUUUCAUUACAUAGCUUUUCCCAAGUUGUAGUUAUAAAAAUAUUCAAGCUGUCAGAUUAAAUUUUAUAUAAAUAAUAUUAUGACUUGUAUAAAUUAUAUAAUGGGAGUACAAUAUUGCAUACUUGCAGAGUGUUUAUUGCCAGUGAGGCGGCCCCCUAGACCUGCAAUAAUAUUGUGCAAUAUUACAAUAAAAAAUCGUCGCAAAAAAUCACUGCGCAAUCAAAAUCAAAAAAUUGUAUACCGUGUAUCAAUUUGCACAACAUCGUAAAAUUGCGCAAUUUAUUUGUACGUCUUGGGAGCGCUAAGUAUUAUGGCAGCUAUGCUAACACUCGCAGUGCCGUUAAAGGUUAAUAAACGUUUUAAAUGUUUGCUUAUAUCAAUUGACUAUGAAUGUACAGUCGACCCCAAAAGUCCAACACAACCACAUUUCCAAAACAGAAAACCACUAUACAAUCUUAAAAAGAGAAAAGUAUAAGUAUGCAGAAAAUAUGCAUUUCAGUAUCGUAUCGAAAGGACAACGGGCACAAAUAUACAAGCUGUUGAUUUGCAUCCGUGCCAUAUUCAAGGACGUAAUUAUGCUAAUGAUUCUCGACCCAAAUCAACAAAAAAAUUGGUACGUAUUUUUUUUUUUCGGAAUUCCGUCAAUGUCUUAAUUCCGUUAAUUAAACUUGGCGCAUGUGUUACUGGCCUUAAAACCGUGCUGCGCCUUCACACAAACGCAAACACAAAGCAUACGCAACGAUUAUUCAUAAAUUUCAUUCAUAAAAUUGGAUUACUUCUGAAAUACUACGACAUUACAAUGACAAAAAAAGUAGUGCAUAUUAGCUAUUUCCCGUAUACUGUAAUUCCAAUCGAUUAUUUACGUAUUUUAUGCCCUCCUCCUGAAAUAUGGCACAAAUGCAAAUCAACACCUUGUAUAGAAAGCUGGUACACCCCUCCUCCAAUAGUAGGUAAUGUAAUUUCAUUGGAUAGGCUGAGCCUUUUUGACUGGAACAACAUUCGUCAAGAUACAAUGGACAGGAUACAAGGUAUGGGUCAUAAACAAUUAAAAAUAUUUUCAUAUAAGAGUAUCAAACCCAUCUAGGUAUAACUAAAGUUCUUGUAAAUACAAAUAAUAUAAGCACAAACCCGACUACCCGAGGCAGGUAGUCGAUUCAUACCGUUCAGGGCUUCUCUCGGCUCAGGCUAUCAUAAGCAGCUUUAAAUCUUCACUGUUUUAUUCUCCAGACAGUUUUACUUCACUGGUUUUACGGGAGUUUUUACCCAAUACGAGCAUGCAAUUUUCAAGAGUUACACACAAUUUCUCAGGGUUUCUAUCAUUAGAGAUCCUAGAUCUGAUGACAAUGAAACUAAUUCAUAAUUAGACAAAAUAUAAAUGCAAAUAGUUUAGCGACUUUGUUUUAAAGCUACUACUGUGUGAGUGUUCAGCAACUUCUGGCGUUUGUGUUAAGCUACCUAUGGAAGCUACGUUGUUUAACACUUCGAAAUUUACAUGUGAUCGGUCAUCGACUUUUGGGGUACGUUUGUACAUUGUCAGGCAUACAUUGUUUAGGAGAAAGUCGUUACUAGCCUUUUUAUCGUCCCUCUGCUUGGCACAGGCCUCCUCUCACGAGGAGAAGGAUUGGGCGUUAAUCACCACGUUUUGCUCAAUGCGGGAUUUCAGACUUAACAGUCCAGGUUUCCUCAAGAUGUUUUCCUUCACCAUUUUAUCAGCCAUUGAUGUCCAAGAUAGACUUAGAAAGUACAUACAAACUUAGAAAAGUUGCAUUGGUACUUGCCUGCCCUGGAAUCGAAACCACUCACUCAUACUUGAGAGGUUGGUUAUACCACCACGAAUUACUACUAGGAGAAAGCAUCUUUAUUCUUGCAUAACGAAGGUAAGGGUCAAUUCACACUGAAAGAGCAGCGGCCGGCAGCGGCCGUAAUUGCAAGGGAUUGAGCGUGAGCGCGGCGGGCCGCGCGGCGCCGCGCGGCGCCGCAUCGCGCCGCGCUCUUACAUUUUCCGUGCUCUUACGGCCGCUGCCGGCCGCUGCUCUUUCAGUGUGAAUUGACCCUAAAUAUCGUCGUUACCAUAGCUACCAUAGUAAUAAUGGUGCCUGUUUAAAAAAAACUCAUAUUUAAGAGCAAAUAUAUAGUAUGGUGUUUGUGUUUCCUGCACAUCAUUUUAUUAUUUUAUUAUUCUAGAAUUUUAUUAAUAACAAAAUGUAAAUAAGCAAAUAAUUGGAAAGAAAUGUGUAUAAAUUAAAUAAAAUUAAUUUAAAAGUGAUAUAUAUAUUGUUUUAAUACUCUUGAAACUUAACCUCUUGAAUGCGGCUAAUUAGAGAACAAUAGAAAAUCAAUUAUGUCCCUAAUCAAUGCACAGAUGCAGUCCCAGUAGGUAUCAUAUCAUGUGUUUACCUUAUAGGCGAAGACACUACUUAUUCAAAAAAUUUAUAUUCUCAUUCUAAAAAUAAGUACAAAAUGUUUGGUAUUGGUUGUCACCAGCCUCGGACAUCACAUCAAAGCUAUAGGCGCAGAUGGCACCCACCACCACCAACGGAAAUAAAACCGGCAGAUAGUAAUACCAGGCGUGGAUCAUUAUAAAACGAUGUUUUAUUCAAAAUUCUAUGAAAUGUUUCAAAACUUGCUAGGCAUCUAUUUUUUUCUGUUUUAUCUGAAAGCAGGUACCUACUUUUGAAAAAACUUUGUUUUUGUUUUGUGUCAAUUUUCUAAAGGGAACUAUAUUUUUUGUCACCAAAAUUUAUAUUUGUCAUCAAGUUGUAUCACCUAAUAAAUAGAUCUAUCGCCACGAAAUAUUUUCGUUCUCAGAUAAACAAAGAGUGUUCCCAGGUAUGAAUUAGCAAAUUAUUGUUAAUAUAAUGUGUAAAAUAUGAGAUGGAUUACCAAUAAAAUUGUAGUGCAUUACAUGAAUAUAAACUUCGUUCUUAUAAUAAUAGUUUUAUUACUUAAAUAAUAGCUUGGUGCUCAAAAUGGUAGAUCUGUCACCAAAUAAAUCGAUUAAUCGAUCCCUGACUGCGACUCCUUUUUAUUUGUUAUUUUGUCACCAAUACAGUAGUUACAUUUUAUUUCGUUCAGUUAUUAAAAUAAUGUAUUCGUUACCAAUUUAAUACAUCAGUUUAUAAUUUUAAUAAAAAUAUGUUCAAAGGGAAGAGGAAGGGAAGGGAGACAAAUUGGCGUGCUUUCGGGCCUCAACGAAUGGGUUGUAGGUUGGUUGUAGGUACGAUCAUACGAUGCGGGGCGCGGGCAGCGAGAUUUUUAACAAUAAAUAUUGAUUAUUUUGACUUUGAUUAAGUGUUUUAUUUACUAUUCAGCUAGAAAUUUAAUUUAAAUAUAUUUAUACUACCUGUGGAAACUAAAGCCCUUGGGGGGAGGCACAUGGCCAGUUAAGUAGUAGACUCUUUUGGUUGAAAGGAUGAUGACGACCACCCUACAUUUUUAGACCUUCAUGAAAUUUUCUAGUGAUAUAAUAUAUGAUUUAUUGGUGAUCUCUUUAAAUUAGUUUGCUUAAAUACUAUUAGGACAAACCUAUUAUAAUACAUACAAAAUCAUUUAUUUGGUACUUGACCCCAUAUCUCCAUGAUUUUCGGUAAUUUAUUGUGGAAUUGAUUUUAUAUUGUUUGGUGACUACAUUUGGUGACAAAUCUACUAUUUUGAGGGCAAACCCUAUUAUUUAAGAAACACAAAAUGAAUUAAAUUGGUGACAGCUUAAAUCAUACCCUUUUCUAAAUA